AUGAAUUGUGUUUUAAAUUGUAUUUUCUUGUUGACAAUACUUAUCGUCUUCAAUAUUCAAUUAAGUUCUACAACCAAUAGUCGUCGUUCAUGUCCUGAAGAAUAUCGUGAAUUACGUCGUCGUAGCGAUGAUGAUUCAAAUUCCGAUUCCAAUGAUGAUGAUGAUGAUGAACAAAUGGCCGACAUGUGCAGUGCAGCUAUGGUUGUUGCAACUGAACAACCGAAUUCUAUUCAAAAUCUUGAAUUUCUACGUACUUAUUGUGCACAUUUUGAUGAAGCUUUAGAAUUAGCACGAGAAAGUAACGACACAUUAUGUGAAGACAAAAAACGUGCAAUUGUUAAAAAAAGUUUACAACGAAGAGGAAAACGUGGACAAAUGAAAAAGAAACGAAAUGAGUAUUCAAAUGAUAGUGAUGAAGACAAACGACGUGCAUUACGUAAACGAGAAUUACAUAAACGAUUUGCUUUAAGAUUUGUUCAUAAAUAG